UUGGCGGCAACAAUAACCGAAGAAAGGAGAAACGUUGUCGACAAGCCACGAUGGGCGUUCACGGUCUCUGGGAACUGCUUGCCCCCGUCGGCCGCCGCGUCUCCGUCGAAACCCUAGCCGGAAAGAAACUCGCAAUCGAUGCGAGUAUAUGGAUGAUCCAAUUCAUGAAGGCGAUGAGGGACGAUAAAGGCGAAAUGGUGAAAAACGCUCAUAUUUUGGGAUUCUUUCGCCGAAUCUGCAAGCUAUUGUUCCUCCGUACCAAGCCAGUCUUCGUCUUUGAUGGUGGCACUCCCGCUCUCAAGCGCCGGACUGUCAUCGCUCGUCGCAGACAGCGCGAGAAUGCUCAGGCUAAGAUCCGAAAAACUGCUGAGAAAUUGCUCCUCAACCACCUCAGGGCAAUGCGGUUGAAAGAACUGGCCAACGAUCUCGAAAGCCAACGACAGAAGAAUGGUGCUAAGGGUAAAAAGGUUAUCACUGAUCAGAAAGAAAUGGCAGAUGACAAUGCAGAAGGAAAUAAUACUGCAUCAUUUAGUUUAAACCAGGAAGCACUAGAUGAAAUGUUGGCAGCAUCCCUUGCGGCAGAGGAAGAUGAAAGUUUUACUGGCAAUGCAUCAACCUCUGGCAUGGGGAUUCCUACGGAAGAAGAUAAUGACAGUGACGAUGAAGAGAUGAUACUUGUAAGUAUUUGUCAUAUGAUUCAAGUUAGAUGUCUCAUUUUCUGACCUUUACCCAUA